CAUAAUGCAAUAGGAGGCCGUUAUGCUCAACACAGCUGGUGGUGAGUUCCCAGAGAGCCGUACAGGCAGUAGAAGGCGGCUGACAUCUCCGAAUCCAUGUGACAUUUACGAACAUUCAAGCGUACAAGCAGCAGAUAAAUAUGCGGCUCAAGUGUCUUGCAUAUCUCCCUGAAGGCCUGUGAGUGUCCACAAGUACCACAGUAUUCGUUUAGGAGGAUUCCUCCCCCGUCCGCCGGAUCGCACCGAACAGGCAAUGACAACGGCCUCGGCAACUCCGCAGCAGAUGAGAGACCGGCUGCUGCAGGCCAUCGAUAGUCACAGUAAUCAGAUUCGCAAUAUGGUUGCAGUAUUAGAAGUUAUCACAUAUUUGGAGAAGUUCCCUAUCACCAAAGAAGCACUUGAGGAAACUCGCUUGGGGAAACUGAUCAAUGAUGUGAGAAAAGAGACCAAGGACAAAGACCUUGCCAAGCGUGCCAAGAAGCUAUUGCGAAGUUGGCAGAAGUUGAUCGAGCCAGGGCAAAAUGAAACGCCAUCGCGAGCGACAGCUAAUGUCCCGGGCUCUGCAAAUGGCAGCGCCCACCCCUGUCGGACUGACGUUCCCCCCCCAGAUGUCUCUUGUGCGGGCAAGGGUGUCCCCGAGGCCAAGACCACAAAUGACGUCCACUACACCGACUCGCCCAAAGCAGAGAAGUCGAGCGGUAGGAAGCGUAAAGGGGAGCAGAGGGAGAGGCCGCAGUUGCCGGCCAAAAUCCCAAAGCUGUCCUCCCAUGAGCCUUUGCACAACUCUGAUCCGCCGCCACCCACAAACGGUAUUGCAGGAAGCCCUGAGGCUGGCCUGGACACGCAGGCCGACCCUUCAGCGGACAGGGCCCGGACGGACCACCUGGAAAAUGACAAACACAGUAGGAUCCCCAUCAACGCUGUAAAGCCUCAUCCGAGCUCCCCGGGCCUCGCCAAACUACCUAGCACUUCCUCUUUACUCAAGACUGCUGUGCUACAGCAGCAGGCGAGGUUGGAUGAAGGAGGAGGGGGACAAUAUCAGGCCAAGAGCCCCCGCAGCCUGUCCUCAAGUCCCCGGAGUCCGCGGAGCGCGAAGCCGGAGGCCACGUCAAAGCGCUCAUCGACGUACGCCCCGAAAGGGGCCAUCCCGAGCCCGGCCCGGAGCCCUCGCUUGCCUUUGUCCCUGCCUUUAAUGUCCCCGGCCCAAGUGUCUCAUGUGGACGGGCCGCUGCCCCCGGCCCAUAGGACAGCAAUGCACUGGCCGAGCUUGGCCCAGCCCCCGCACAGCACCGUAGCACCGGAGGCUCAGCCUGUCUUCCCCCCCGCCUCCCAGUCUACCCCACACAGCUCUGAGAGCGCGGAGCUCCACAGACCCUCCUCCUCAGUGGUGGUGGUCAGGGCAGAGGCGGAGGUGGCCGCGUCGAGCUCGGACCGCAAAAAGAGGAAGAAGUACAGGUCCAGGGACUUCUCUGUGAACCUGCAGGGCCCGGACGCGGAGGACAAAACGAAGCCUGUGCGUUUAAAAGAGCGCAGGCUAACGUUUGACCCUGUGACCGGGCAGAUCAAGUCCAGUGUGCACAAAGAACCCUCUCAGGUGGAGGAAUCCCCGAGGCCCGCUGAGCCCCGGCCGAGGACUGACCUGCCCACUCCUCAGCAGCCCCCCGUGCCCAGCCCCUUCCAACAGACUAACUGGAAAGAGCUGUCUCGAAAUGAGAUCAUCCAGUCCUACCUAGACCUCCAGAGCAACGUGCUGACGUCGUCCGGGGUGCAAGGCCCUGGCGCCCACUUUUUCAUGUCGGAGUACCUGAAACGGGAGGAGAGCGACGUCAGGGAGGCGCGGCGCGGGGUGCACGUCUUGCAGCUGGACGGCUCGGUAACGGACAUGCCAGGGGUGAGCCGGGAGGUGACUGAGGAGGACCUCCGCAAAGUACACACAGAGCACUGGCACGGGGUCAACGGUUGCCAUGACACCAAGGGCACUUGGUACGACUGGACCGCGUGCAUAUCUUUGGAUCCACACGGGGAUGAGAGCAAACUGAACAUCCUGCCGUAUGUUUGCCUAGACUAAGGAGAUCUGGUGUCUCUGUCGCUUGACAGAGGAAGGAAAACUCAAUUAUUGCCCACUGAGUUGGGGAAAGUCAGAACCGCUAACUCCCUCAAUGCCUCCCUCUCAGAGAUAAUCGAUUGAGGGUUUCAAUAAUAAAGAACAAGUGCAGUUUGUCAAAGCUGUUUAGGUUCUAUUUUUCAAAAAGGAAAAAAAAUAAAGUUGCAGGAAAGAUAUUCCCCUGUUUGCAGAGUGCUGCUACUAACAAGGAACUGCAAGCGAGGGUUCUGGUUGGGGGUUGGCUGGGGAUUAGCAGGGCGGUCCAGGCACAGGGCACUCUUGUGUGCUCAGAGGGUGCUGAAAGGGUUGAUCUAGCACAGGUAAAGCCGAAUGUGUCCAGAAAUUGAAAUACUGGCUCCCAUUUGGCAGUUACAAGAAGCUUUAUGUGACAUUAAAAAAAAAAUAUAUGAAAUGUCUUAUGCAUCUAUUUAUUUUACCUUUUCUGUUUGUUUAUUUGUUUUUGAGAGGUUUAUCAAAACAGAUGUAAGAAAACAACAACAACCUGUAGAGCUUUUCUGUUUGCAUCACAUACUGUUGACCUGUUCUGCAAGGCAUAAGACGCCCUGUUGUUUUGCACAAUCUUAUUUUUGGUUGGCCGAUCUAUCCAACAUUCCAUACUCCAGCCCUCUCCUGCUCUCUGUCUGUCUCUCUCUCCCUCUCUGUCUCUCCUAACCACUCAGUACUCUUGCCAUCAUAAAAUAAAUCCACACAGGAUGUUCUGCAAACAAAUUCAAUCAAAAAAAACUUUUUUGUUACUAUUUAAUUUGCUUAUUUGUAAAUGUGAUUGUGCAUUUCGUUCCUUAUUCCCCAACAAUCUUCACUCAAGCAGAAAAUGUGAACGAAAAUAUCAACAGUGUGUGGACAAGAAAAAUGUGAGGACUAGAAAAUGGAAAUGUUUGUAUGCUGGAACUAUACUUGUUACCAUUCCUUUAGCUAUCAUUUUGCCUUAUGGAAUUUCAUGGCAAGUUUUUCAUUAUUGACCAGCCUUAGUAAAUGUUCAAAAAUGACACUUGUGUAUUUAGUCAUGGGCAGAUCCAUUAACAGUGAUCUUGACCAAUUGUUUUCACUUUAACAUGUCAAACAAACCAAUGGUUGCAAAGUUGAACCUGACAAAUAUAUGCACGAAGAUUAGGUUUAAAUUUUAAGUUUCACUGAAAAUGUUGACUAAAUAACUUUACUUGAAUAACAGUAGAAAUGCAAAGGUUUGUGAUAACAAGGUGUAGGUUUUUCAUGUUUUCUGUGAAAUGAAGUUGUCCUUGUGCAUGUUAAGUUUAACUUUGCAAUCAUUUCGUUUUUGGUUUGACAAAAAUAUUAAAUGGUCUCAACAACACUUGAUAUGGAUUUACCCUUUUACUGAGGUAAACCACUUCUGUCAUUUUAUAAUUGACAGAAUCAAGGUACAUCUACCGGAAAGUUACAACACCUGAUAGUUUCAAUAUUUGUACAGUUUGGACGUCUCUCUUGUCCAAGUUCCCGGAGUUAUUUUAAUUGUUUGGUUUUGCAGAAGUGUUCUACUCAUUAAGAAGCAUGCAAUAUGGUGAAUAGAAAAAUUGUUUCAUAAGCUUUACUAUUGAAAAAUCCUCAGACGGCAAUGUGGUACUAUCAUACAUUAACGUUUUCCAUGUUGCAGAAAUUGACGAUGUAUCGGAGAAGUCCUAUCCUUUUGUUUUUCUUGUCUUGCAUUGCCACUGUUCUCCACUUAACAUUACUUGAGAUGGAGGACUAGUACAUGGACAGACUUCGCCACUACAUUCAUCCCUACCAAUGUGCCUUUGUCAAAUCUGGAUUUGCUUCCAUAUAAUGCACCUAUCAUUGGAACUAGGUUUAUAUGUGAAACGAUUCCAAAUUCUGUGUCUGAUAAAGCUGGAAUUAAUAUGCACCAUUUUUUUCUAAGCAAUGGUCCUUAGCGAACACUGAUCCAGCCAGUAUGGGUAAAUUGCAGACAAUGAGACAUCACUCAAACACAGCUCGCAAUAAAGAAACGCUAAAGAGGAAUGAUGAGGAUCUGGUCAGCUUUGACUAGGACAUCUUUAUUAGUUCGGUGUUUAACAUCUCUCAUUCGUUUGAAAAUAAAGUGAUCUAAACCCUCUG